AUGUUCGCCGUAGCUGUAUGGUGGGCAUGGAAGUGGAGAUAUAAUGAUGUGUUUGGGGAUAACACACUGUGGAGAAACAGCGUGAAGUUUCGAAAAGACUAUGUGAAGGGCGUGCACUCAGUCACAAUGGGCGGUGGAAGAACAGGGGUAGUGCAUAGAGUGGAGCGAGAGAUCUUGUGGUUACCACCUCUAGUGUCAUGGAUGAAACUGAAUAUUGAUAGUGCUUCACAUGGGAACCCGGGGUUAGCGACAGCUGGAGGGGCCAUUCAGAACGGGUAUGGUCAAUGGUGUGGUGGUUUUGCUCUUAACAUUGGGCGUUGCACUGCUCCUGUUGCGGAGUUAUGGGGAGUAUACUAUAGCUUGUGCAUUGCUUGGAAGAGAGGCAUUACAAGUCUGAAAGUGGAGAUAGAUUCUUUAAUGGUUGUGGGAUUUCUUAUGACAGGGAUUUGCGACACACAUCCACUGUUAUUCCUGGUACAUAUGUGUCAUGGCUUGCUUGUAAAGAACUGGAAAGUCUAA